UUUCCCCUUCAGCCAAUCACAGGCUUUACACCACUGCGGCCUGUGAUUGGCUGAAAAGUGAAAGGUCCUGUAAGAUGAAUAGAGCAGGGACCAGAGCGCACGGAGGGGAACGACAUCUUCAGGGACCGGGACUAGAAGACUCAUCUACAGCUAUCUUAUUUGUGUUUAUUGUUGACUACUCUACAGAACAGCUAUACAGAAGACUCAUCAACAGCUCUUUUCUUUUGCUUUAUUGUCUACUACUUAUCAGAGCCGCUUUUCAGAAAAUGCCGGGUUGCAUUGUCAACGGUUGCAAGUCAAGGAGCAUAAAAGGCGACCAUAAUAUCAUCAUGCAUUCCUUCCCAAGAGAGAGGGAUCGUAUCAUGGCAUGGCUAUUGGCUACAGAUCAAGAGUUUCCCAAAAUUGAUGAACUGGUUGACCACAUUCAUCUCUCUAAAACGAACAAUUAUCGGCUCUGCUCAGCCCAUUUUAAAACUACUGACUAUACCUUUAAUCCAAAUACAGGAAAACAGAGGCUCACCCCCUUUGCCGUUCCUAGUAUUUUCCCUACACGGGAUAUACAAGUUCAAGCUGCCGAGGCAGUUGAGGCUGAAAUCCUGAAUCCUCAAAAGAGGAAAAGAUUGGAUGAAGACGUAGCUUCAACCAAUGGUUUAAAGCCAGGGGAAAUGUGCCCAACCUGCCGAAAUAUUGUACCUCAUGUUAACCCAACUGAAACGGAGCCACAAGCCUCAGAGAUAACGAAAAAGGAAGCAGCAACUAUAUUUGACAGGAAUUGGGGAACCGUAAAUCAGUGUAUACAAGUAAAACCUACAACUUUCUCUAUAAAAAUACAAUGCAGAAGACUGGUUAAAAAAAAAAUCUUGAGAAAAAAAAAAUCAAGACAAAGCUUGGUAUUUGGAAACCUGCCUUCGGAGCCAUUGCAAGGUGCCAGUGUAAUAUUUUCGACUCCGAAAAAAUAUAUAGGACCAACUGGAUCAGCAACUCUUAACAGUGUACCUGAGUUUCAAGAAAGUUGUAGAGCUAGACACGAACUACUACCUGCCACGCUUUUAUCCGAAUUGACAAUUUCACCUAUACAACCUAUUGAAGACCCUGAAGUCACUGUUAUUGUGGAGGAAUCUACUCUGCAUGCCCCUAUAUCUGUUUUAGAAGUAGAUAAAAGUUUGUCAACAAUCACAACUCCAGUCUCAACAAAUGAAAGUAGUUCAAGUGAUGAUGAGGGAGACUCAGUUCAUUCAGAUGAUGAAGACUACGAAGAAGAGGACAGUCAGCAUGUGCUGAGUGAAAAAUUUGUAAAUGUAAAUGUACCACAUCAUGAAGAAAGAAAAUUCAUAGUUUAUGAAAGCUGUUUGGACACAUUACUAUACAAGAUGCCUUGUACCUCUAAUCCACCCUGCAACAAAAAAAUACUAGGAGUGUAUAAAAAAACAAAGGGAUCAUAUAUUUCAGUCUUUGCUGAAUUCGAGGCCAAACAUUUAAAACGCAUAUGGCAGAGCCAGCCCCGAUUGGGAAAGAAACCAUUUGGAAAUUUACAGUUAGCUACUGCUAUCAUUACUAGUGGAAACACUUACAUCAAAAUCCAACAGUUCCUAAAAAUAUUUAAUAUUUUGGGAAUUAGCCAGGCUACUUACUACCGUAUCCAAAAAAUAUAUAUAUUUCCUGCAAUUGAAAAUUCUUGA